GCGGUGCGUGCCAGCCCGUCAGCAUCGUCAUCAUCGGUAUGACUUGCUGAUGUACCAACCCAAUUUGUCGAGAUAGUUUCAUGCGUAUGCGCAGAUGGUGCGAUCAAUGUUCCUUCCCUGGGAUCAAGCUUUCCUGUUGGUCAUGGAAGCCCUGCUUGCCCCACGCGAUCGCACGUGGCUAGUUUUGGUGGCUCAUCCUAUGUGGAGGUCUUUGGCCAGACACGGCUACACUCGCCGAGGUUUAUUUACGAGCCGGCUACCGCGGUUUCACAGGCAGGAGGCCUUGGACCCUGAAGAGUUCAAGGUGCGAUAACAUGUUUGCCAUGUUUGUCAUGUUUGAAUGGGACGGAGAUG